UUAUUUAGUGUUAAAAGAGUAACUAUUUAUUUAGGAAUUAGACAAAAAGGGGGAAUUUGGAUUUUGCUUGGAAACAAGGAUGGACUAGGGACAGAAUACAAGAUAGAACAACAGAUUUAAUUUAUAAAUAUUAUGGUGCAGAGUUCAGGAAGGUUGGUGUGCACAGUACAUAGAUUUGGAGCCUUAACAGUGAGUUCAAAUUAGUGAGUGAAAAUCAAAAUUGAGUGGAAUGCUAUGCGAUUCAUGUUACCAGAUUUAUUCCAGAAACAUUCAUCAAAAUUUUCUUGAAGUGGUACAGAGUUUAUGACAAUGCGAACUACUAGAAGUCAAGAAUUCACCCCCAAAUUUCCAAAUAAAUAGUUUCCAAAGAAUACUGCAUUUUAUUAAUGUACAGAAGAGACGUCAGUGUUUGAGUCGUUACUCAGGCCAACAUUAAACAGUAUAGCAUGUUGUGCACUUGCCUGUGGGGAUCAAUCAAGUGAAUCAGAGUCGUCUAUUACCCUGCUGUCAGAAAACAAGUUCAGCUCAUGGUUUUGAAAUCCCUAAUCCUCCAAAUGUCUCACCUUCUCAUCUACAGGGAUGAUUCAAACAUAAUACAUUCCAAAAUCUUAACAAAUAGAAUUUAUUUAAACUCGUACGAUGACAAUAUAUAGCUUGUUUAAACUAAGUGGAAUCUUAAGGUACUCAAACAUAGUCAGUAAAAGUUUUGUAAUGGAUUCCAUGUACUAAGGCACUAAAUCUACGUUAAUGAAAGUGAAUGGAUUAUAACAGCAAUGUUAUGUUCAUUUUCAGUACGAAAUCUAGAAUACUGAAGUGGUCAACAGGAUGACCAUUCUAUGCUACCGAAUUGGCUUGGAGUGGGUGGCACUUUUGCUGGCCUUAAUUAUGAGCACCACAUUUUUGCUAACAUAUUAUAUUUCGGUAUAUAGAGGACAUGUGAAUGCGGAGUUGCCAUUCAUCAGUUCUACAGGUGCUUAUCCACCAGAAAGCUGCAUAUUUGCAGAGGGUUUAAACCUUGCUGCCUUUCUGAGUUCAUUGUGUGCCUUCUUUUGGUAUCUGAUUGCGUUGGAUAGAACAAAAUUCAUGGGCAUACACCAACCGACAUGUUUACUUAAAUUUAUGACCAUACUAUCUUUAAUAGCUGGAAUCGGAUUAACUAUGGUGGGCAACUUCCAACAAGUUAACGUUGAAUUAGUGCAUGAUAUUGGAGCUGCAAUGGCGUUUUAUGGGACAACUUUAUACAUUUUCCUAUGUGCUUAUGUAAGCAGUCGAUAUCUUAAAACACAUUGGUGCAUAUGGAUAUUGAGAUUACUGUUGGGUGUAGGAUCAGCAAUAGCAACAGUACUCUUCACAGUAUGCCAUUUAUUCUCUCGAAUUCAUUUCAAAGGAUCUCAAGAAGAAUCCCUAACAUAUCGUCAUCCAAAACAAGGUGGACAUUCGUAUUAUUUAUGCAGCACAGGUGCUGAAUGGUUUGCGGGACUUUUCAAUAUACUCUUCUUUACUACAUGGGCGUAUGAAUUCAGUAAUUAUGCUUUACAGAUGCCCAAGAUAGUCCACAGAUCGCCUAAUGAGAUUUCAGAAGGGGUUGACUCAAAAUCCCAAAUACGUGGGACAGAUGAUGUUACAACCUCGCAUAGAAUGAUUUUUUAAACUAAAUUAUUCGUUGAUAUUUGACUAUACGCUACAACAGACUUUUCUACUGUCAUAAACUUUUCUUUCUGUUUCAAUAUAUCACAUAUUUUCAUUAUUAUGUUUUGUUAUCACUAAAGUAAAAAAAGCAAAUGUUUCCUAUUAAGGAAACAAAAUGAGUCAGUAAAAAGUAAUAAUACAAGUAGUGUAACGACAGAAGGCAAGAGUC